AUGAACAACCACCGUAUGACUCCGGAGGUAGCGGCGCAAUUCGGUGAUGGAAUUCAAAUGGUUUUUUCUCGGUGGGCUGCACUGCGGAUGGCCAUCGAAAACGGGUGGGGUGGCCGCGACUCUCUCCAGAAAUUGCAGCAGCUCGGCCACAACCUCUUAAAUUUCCUCACUCAAUCGAAAGAUCAAGUGUAUAUUGGUGAUGUAGAGGAUAUACUUUAUGAAUUCAUGGACUCUCUCAAUAUUGAGAUUCAGGACGGCAGUCCCAACAGCGAUGACGAGGAAGACAGUGAUGAAGAUGAUGCAAUUAUAGAGAACAAUAGUCAGCAAUGGAAGUUGAUGCUCCACAACACAGCGCCAAUUGGAUCACAAUCUGACUGA